CCCUGAGGGCCGGAGGGCGGGACUGGCAGACGGCCAUUCGUCGAUAUCCGUCGAUCGAUCGAUCGAUCGAUCGAUCGGCCAGUCGAUGGCUUUGGGGUGAUUGAAGCAUUUUUAAUCCUUCGGUGAAGCAAGAAGAGGAGACAUGACGAUCACAAAGCAAAAGAUGAGCAAGAGCAAGGACGACGCCCCCCAUGAGCUGGAGAGCCAGUAUAUACUGCGCCUGCCUUCGGAGUGGGCCGCCACGGUGCGCAGGGCGGUGCAGUCCGCCAGCGUCAGCCCGAGGGACCGAGUGACCAUCGAGCUGCACCCGGACGGGCGUCACGGGAUCGUCCGAGUGGACCGGGUCCCGUUAGCCGCCAAGCUGGUGGACCUGCCCUGCAGCAUCGGCAGCCUGAAAACCAUCGAUAAAAAGACCUUCUACAAGACGGCAGACAUCUGCCAAAUGCUGGUGUGCACCGUGGACGGCGAGCUGUACCCUCCUCCGGAAGAGCCCGCGGCCACCACAGACCCCAAAGCGAGCAAGAGGAAGGACAAAGACCGAGAGAAGAAGUUCACCUGGAACCACGGCAUCACGCUGCCCUUGAAGAACGUCAGAAAGCGGCGGUUCAGGAAGACAGCCAAGAAGAAGUACAUCGAAUCUCCGGACGUGGAGAAGGAAGUGAAGCGACUGCUGAGCACCGACGCCGAAGCCGUCAGCGUCCGCUGGGAGGUCAUCGCCGAAGACGAAACGAAGGAAGCGGAGAACCACGGCUCGCUCACGGACAUCUCCUCUCCGGGGCUGUCUGGCCACAAGCAGGGCCACGGCUCUUCGGAGCACGACGAGCUGCGGGAGAUAUUUAACGACAUCAGCAGCAGCAGCGACGAUGAAGACGAGCGGGAUCACCACGACGACGAAGACAUCAACAUCAUCGACACGGAGGAGGACCUGGAGAGGCAGCUCCAGGACAAGCUGAGCCAGCCGGACGGCCAGCAGCACCCGGAAAACGAGGGAGCCAAUCAGAUAGUAAUGGGCAUUCAGAAGCAGAUCGAGACCCUGAAGGGUAAGCUGCAGGAGACGCAGGAGAGGGCGAAACGCCAGGAGGACCUCAUCAUGAAGGUGGAAAACCUGGCCCUCAAGACUCGACUUCAGGCCGUGCUGGACGAGCAUAAGCAACAGGAAGAGCGAGAGAAGCAGCAGCUCAGCUCCCUGCAGGAACAGAUGGAUUCCCUCCUGGAGAAGUGAGACCCGGCCCCUGCCCCCCAGCUGCCAGCCAACGGUGCCGACACAGACCGCAAACCGGCAAGCGCGUCACCCUCAGACCAGCUCCGCGCCACCACUACCGACCGGCCCGCAGCGGUCGGCCUAGCUGCGCUUUCCGGGCCUCAGCUGUCCCCAGCCGAAGCCUCCUUCUGGGACUCUUACGUGUCCCUGCCUCACGGGCGAGAGCGGGAAUGGCGUCCGGAGUCCGGGGCGGAGCCGGGGGCGACGGCUGGCUGAAGAUCGGUGGCAGUCAGGAAGCCCGCCGUCCCCUGCCCUGACGUGAAAGCGGUUUUCUUCUAUACCGCUCUGAGGAUCUCCGACCCUGAGGCCCCUCGUCACUGCUGCGUGUGAGCUCUCGUAUGUGUUCUUUUAUCGUACUCUCCCAGGUGCUUAGUACAGUGCCUUGCACACAGUAAGCGCUUAAUAAAUACAAUUGAAUGGA